AGCAAGGCACCAAACGCCCGGGAGCCCCCAACACACCACCACACACCAUUUCUUCCCCCUUCCGCCUCUCGCCUCGUCUCCCCCGCAGACCACCUCAGCCGGCCUACCCUCCCUCCCUCCCGCCGCCUCCUCCUCUAAAAGCCCGGGUCAAACUCCCCCGGCCAGCGAGGGAGACGGCGGAGAGAGAGGGAGAGGGGAGAGGCUCUCGGAUCCGAGCUGCUCCCUCCCGCGCCCGCCCAGAUCUCCUGCGCAGCCCAGCACCCGACGCCCCGGAUCUGCGCCUGUCGCAAAGAUCUACAAGCGACCGGCCGGCAGCUUGCCGCCGCUGGUGGUUGGUUCGUUGGUGAGGAGGAGGAUUAGGCGGCGGAGAUGUCGUCCAGCACGAUCCGGAAGGCGCUGGGCGCCGUCAAGGACCAGACCAGCAUCGGGCUCGCCAAGGUCACCAGCAACAUCGCGCCGGAGCUCGACGUGCUCAUCGUCAAGACCACCAGCCACGACGACGAGCCGGCCGAGGAGCGCCACAUCCGCGAGAUCCUCCACCUCACCUCCGGAUCCCGCGCCCACGUCGCCGCCGCCGUCGCCGGCUGCGCCCGCAGGCUCUCCCGCACCCGCGACUACGUCGUCGCGCUCAAGUCGCUCAUGCUCGUGCACCGUCUCCUCACCGACGGCGACCCCUUCUUCCACCGGGAGCUCCUCCACGCCACGCGUCGGGGCACCCGCCUCCUCAACCUCUCCGACUUCCGUGACGAGGCCCACUCUGGCUCGUGGGACCACUCCGCCUUCGUCCGCACCUAUGCGCUCUACCUCGACCAGCGCCUCGAGUUCCUCCUCCACGAGCGCAAGCAGGGCUCCAACGCUAAUGGAAGCGCCAGCCUGAACGGGCCAUCCCCGCGUGACCGUUGGGGCUCUCCUGACCCGUAUGGCCGCCGGUCACCCUCGUACACCUCCCCUCCAGGGAAUGGGUAUGGAGGGUACGAUGAUAACCGUGACAGCAGGAAUGGCGCCAACUCUGAUGACAAGAGGCCACCUACCCCUGUGAGGGAUAUGAAGCCGGAGCGGGUCCUUGGCCGUAUGCACCACCUGCAGCAGCUGCUUGACAGGUUCCUUGCCUGCCGCCCCACAGGUGGCGCGAAGCAGAGCAGGAUGGUGCUGGUUGCACUGUAUCAGAUGGCGAGGGAGAGCUUCCAGCUCUACGCCGAUAUCUGCGAGGUACUUGCGGUGCUGCUGGACAGGUUCUUCGACAUGGAAUAUGCUGAUUGUGUCAAGGCCUUUGAGGCAUAUGCCAGUGCGGCAAAGCAGAUUGAUGAGCUUUGCUCAUUUUAUGCUUGGUGUAAGGACACCGGGGUAGCGAGAUCAUCGGAGUACCCAGAGGUGCAGCGGGUCACUGAUAAGUUACUGGAGACACUGGAGGAGUUUAUGAGGGACCGGGCAAAGCGCCCCAAGAGCCCACCACAGGAGCCUGAGCCGGAGCCUGUCAAGGAGGAAGAGCCAGAGCCGGACAUGAACAGCAUCAAGGCGCUUCCUGCACCAGAGGACUACAAGGAGCCUGAACCUGAGAAGGUGGAGGAAGAGGUGAAGCCAGAGCCCCCGCCGCAGCCCCAGGGUGAUCUGGUGGAUCUUCGAGAAGACACUGUGAGUGCAGACGAGCAAGGUAAUAGGCUUGCUCUGGCCCUCUUCCAAGGACCACCUGCUGCUGGUGGUAGCAAUGGGUCAUGGGAGGCCUUCCCUUCCAAUGGUGGCAACGAAGUGACUUCUGCGUGGCAGAAUCCUGCGGCUGAGCCUGGUAAGGCCGAUUGGGAACUCGCCCUUGUGGAGACGGCUAGCAACUUGUCCAAGCAGAAGGCUGUAAUGACAGGUGGUAUGGAUAAUCUGCUACUGAAUGGUAUGUACGACCAAGGUGUUGUGCGUCAGCAUGUCAACGCACAGGCGACAAGUGGGAGCUCCAGCAGUGUUGCCCUACCUGCGCCUGGACAGAAGACACAGAUGCUGGCUCUUCCAGCUCCAGACGGUUCGAUGCAGAACGUUGGUGGAGAUCCUUUCGCGGCAUCCCUUACCUUUGCACCACCAUCCUAUGUGCAGAUGGCUGAGAUGGAGAAGAAGCAGCAGUUCUUGACACAGGAGCAGAUGAUGUGGCAGCAGUACCAACGGGACGGCAUGCAGGGGCCGUCGAGCUUGGCCAAGCUCGAUCGGACCUACAACAACGGCUUCGGCUCAAACCCAGCCAUGCCAUACGGGAUGCCAAACGCGCCAAUGGCGAAUACAGGGUAUUACUACCCCACUUACUGAGCUAUUCUUUGUUCAAAUCCUUACAGUUGCUGUGAAUUUUGUUCUGUAUUUGUGGUCUUACUCCUCGGGGCUGUGUCCAGCAUCAGUUGUUGUGUCCCCUGUCUCUGGAUCAAACCUUUUGGUCUCUUAUAUAUAUGUAAUUCUAUUUGUUUGGAACCAAAUGCGGCAUCUACGGGUUGGUUAUAGUUGAAUACAUAAUCUGAGCCUUCAUAGUACCUGAUAGUACUAGA